AUGCCAGCCGACGCCGCCUCUUCAACGUCAGGAUCUGCAGGAGUACAGUCAACCAGCAUGCCGCCGUCACCCCUGGAGCUCACCCUCGUCGUCGCCGCCACGCGGGACAUGGGCAUCGGCCUGCGCGGCACACUGCCGUGGACGGGCCUGAAGAAGGAGAUGGCCUACUUUGCCCGCGUCACCAAGCGACUGCCCCCCACAUCUGCUGUAAGGAACGCCAGUCAAAAGUUACGGACGCAUACUGAGACACAUAUCGUUGAUAAACAGGCUACGCAACCGUCCCCGGCGCCGGCCGUAAACGCCGUCAUCAUGGGCCGCAAGACCUGGGACAGCAUACCGCCGCGCUUCCGCCCGCUCAAGGACCGGCUCAACGUCGUCGUCAGCCGGUCCUUUGCCUCUGGUGGCCAGCAGCCGCAGCCGCAGCUGCACGGCUCAGAAGAGGACCCUUCGGCGCAGCAGCCGCUGCGCGCCGGGUCGCUGGAGCAGGCGCUCGAGCUGCUGCGGGCCCGGGCCGCGUCGGGCGCCGUGGCGCGCGUGUUCGUCAUUGGCGGCGGGCAGAUCUACGCGUCGUCGCUGAAGCUGGCCGAGGCGAGGCGCGUGCUGCUGACGAGGGUGCUGACGGAUUUUGAGUGCGAUACGCACUUCCCGCUCGCGCUGCGGGAGGAGGGCAAGGACGGGGACGGACCGUCGGAGGGCGGGAGGUGGGUGAGGAAGAGUAAGGAGGAGCUCGACAGGUGGGCUGGUGAGGAGGUCGCGGGCGGCGUGCAGGUUGAGAACAAUGCCGAGUACGAGUUCCAGAUGUGGGAGAGGGUAGAUUGA